AUGUGCUACAAAGUCGUCGAACGCUACUCCGUUUGUAAAUGCGUCUACUUCCAACACUCCAUCGACCCCUGCUCCGCCUACGGCCAACGCGGCCACUCCGUCCAAGAAAAGACCGUCCUGGUCGGGUACGCCUGCUCACGCCAUUCUGCGCGCGGCGCAUCCUCUUCGCCCACUGCUGGCCGUGGGCCUGACUCGGGAUAUUCAAGUUCCAAGGGCUCGUAUCGGUAG